UGUUGCCAGACAACCACUGUGUAUAUUUUAGACAAUGAGUAGAGAUUUGUUUUGUAGAGUGGUUUCCUAAAGUGCAGAAUAGAAGCAUUAACUGAAUAGAGUAUUAAAAAUAGAAUUCCCAAAUGGCUUGGAAAAUGUCUUUUAUUGGUGAACUUAAGGCAACAGGUCAUGGUGAAGUUUGGGAUCACAUUUCUGAUUGCAACAAAUUUCAACAGUUCGGAUGGAGGUGCACAACAAACGAAACGGCUUAUACAACUGGUACUCUCAUUGGAAAUUGGAAUGAACAGAGAUAUGAUAUUCACAGGAUGUUUCAACCACAACCCAUUCCUUCAUCGUUCAGUCACUACUUUGAAACAACAUACAAUGCCGUACAUGAUAAACAAGAUGUAAAGAAGAUCCCAUCUUCUUUGAGGAACAUUAAUGGUCGUGAACCAACUGCAUAUCCUGGACAUCAGCCAGAGCUAGAUUCUUCUAUGCUAAAACUCCACUACAACUCAUUCACAACAACAUCACGAGAAGCGUAUAAACAUCCAAAUAACUCACUAAAGAGAGCAUUGCAUUGCUAAAUUUUAUAUAGAAUUAAUCAGAUUUAUUGUUAAUGAAUUUAUAUAAAUAGAAAUAAUCAAUUUUGGUAAAAUAUGGGACUUCCAAGGAUACAUUGCAUGUGCAUGUCAUGAAGAAAGCAUGCAUUAAUCAUUACUUUAUCCCAGGUACUCAAUAUAGGCUUGGUCCAAUGCCUUAUUAUGGUCGCUAUAAAUACACACUUGACAGUUGUAAAAAAUCAAGAAGUCAGUACAUGAAAUAACAUAUUUACAAGUAUUUUUUAAUGUAAUUAGUAAUAGCAAAUUGUUCACAACUCUGUUAGAAAGUGUUACCAACAUUUUUCCGUGCGCCAAGGGCGGUGGAACAUUGAUAAUUGGGGGGGGGGCUAUAUUCAUAUAAAAUAACCGUAAACACAAUUGAUUUCAAUAGAAACUGAUAAAGUAAAACAUGCAUAUAUGAAUAAUAGCCCCCCCCCAAUUAUCGAUGUUCCGCCGCCCUUGCCAUGCGCUACAAAUCAAACGAGGGUAACAUUCGUUUGAGAAUUGAAAUCACUGAUGUACAUCGCACGGGAAGACCAAUAAGUUUAAGAAGUUUAAGACAACCUUGUUCUAUACCUAUGUGACAUAGCUGACAUUAUUUUUAUCAAAUAUUAUAUAAAGAAAAUAGA